AAUAACCCACUCAUCCCGCGAGAUAUCGCGGAUAUUACUGAGUUACAAUGAAUGUCACUUGCCUUGUUGUCUGAUUAACCCGCGUGUUAAGAAUAAGUUAACGUGUGGGCUAUUAACAGCAUUGUUUGUACCUCAAGUAGACAAGGUGAUAGUAAUCAAAUCUCAGGCCAUGGCAGUAGGCCCCUGAUCUUUUCACCCGCACAACCGAGCGGCACACGGGCGGCGUUUUAGAGAUUAUGCAUCAUUCACAUAUUCUUUUGCAUCAGUUCCUGGUUUUUUAUCGAGUUCUAAAGUGAUUCAAGAUUUGGAGAUUUGCAGUUAAUCAUCAUGUAUUGUCAAUGGGUUUUCGUUUGGUUUACAACCCAUUUGGUACAAGAGAAAACAUCAGAUACAAGAACGAAAACCCGUAAAACCUGUCGACUUUGCAAGGAGAUUUGCUACCGCUGAUAUUAAAGUAAGGAAUGAAAAUCCGCCAAGAAUAACGACAACAAUGUUAAGAGUAAAUCACACAUACGGAUAUGUGGUUUACAAUCAAGAUUUCUGCUACGAAAGUUGGUUGCUUCUACCUGCCGAGAAUCUAUGGCCUGCCUGGGUUCGUGGCAUCCUGUAUGUGCUAGCAAUAUUUUAUUUAUUUCUUGGCAUCGCCAUUGCAGCAGAUGUUUUCAUGCUUAGCAUUGAAAUGAUCACCAGCAAAAAGCGGAUUAUAUUUACAUACGACUAUGAAAAAGGCAAAAGUGUGGAGAAAGAAGUAUAUGUUUGGAACGAAACGGUCGCCAAUUUAACCCUUAUGGCGCUUGGCUCGUCUGCACCUGAAAUUUUAAUUGCAGUUAUUGAAACUGUGACAAGUUUAGAUGUAGAAUAUAAUGAGAAUAGUAAGGCCCGUGAUUUAGGAACUUUCACAAUUAUUGGCUCGGCUGCAUACAAUUUACUAAUGAUAUCUGCCGUCUGCAUCAUAAGUGUGCCUUCAAAGACUGUGAAAAGAAUUGGUGAAUUUGGUGUGUUUGUCGUUACUUCGAUAUGGUCCCUUUUUGCCUACUUUUGGCUGCUCGUAGUUUUGAAAUGGUCUUCACCAAACGAAGUUGAGGUAUGGGAAGCUGUUUUGACUUUAGCCUUCUUCCCAUUGCUUGUAAUCAGUGCCUGGUGCCAAGAUCGAGGUUGGUGGCGGCACAAGUUCCUCAAGAAAAGGCAUUCAGUUGCAGUCAGAAGCCCUGCCCCCAAAGCAAGUCAACCCUACAGUGGGUCACAUGUGAUAGGAGUGCGACCGGCGGAAAGUCGAGGGUCUUUCAACUUUGAUCCCGAAGUCACAACAACGACGCAUGGGCCUAGUCUCGUUCACAGAAAGCAAAGUGACUUUCGCAUACGGAAACUGAGUGAAUCGAAAUCAAAGUUAAGGAAUAUCGUCAGCUAUGUCAAAGAUCAUGAGGCAAAUGGAAAAGCCACCGCCAAGGACAUCGUGCAAGGAAUCAAGCAAUACAUGGAGCCUAGUGAGAACAAAAGCCUUGCCCGGGCGAGGUUUCGUCAUGCGGCUGUUAGUGCGCUUAUCAAAGGAAAGCAUGUGCCCUCUGUAGGCAAGUCGACCCAGCUGGUUUGCAAAGCUCUUAAAGAAGACUCCAACAAGAACAUCUCCACAAGCCGCCAUUUGUUUCUGGAUCACGUAGGAAUCGGAAAUUUCUCGUUCUCCUCCUCAAGCUACUCGGUUGUUCGCAGUUCAGGUCAUUUGGAUGUCACCGUCCUCUUUCACGUCAAAAGGAGGCGGAAAGUUGUUGGGUUCAGUCAUAUUGUAGAGGCAGCAAAACGGGCAAAUACGCUUGGAGAGACAGUUCACUUGCCAAGAUCAGAGAUAUUGAAAGACCGAGGCGAAAGCUCAUGCCAUAGCGUCGCUAGUCAAAAGACCUGUGUCUCGACCAUCGAUGAAUUUGACGAUGCUUUUAAUGAUAUUGCGUACCAUCACAGCUUCUCGAAUUCGGAUUCUGGGUUCGUUGCUUCAAGAAGUUCGGAAGAAAGAUCCCCCAGUCAGGCCAACACCCUAGGCAGCAUCUACGAAUCAAGACAAAGACCUUCACAGGAUGGAAUAGAAAUGACAGAUUUGGAAAAAGGAGUUGGACAACUUGUUGAUAUUAGGCCUACGAUUGCUGUUGAGUUUGAGACCCGAGAUGGCACAGCCAAGCAGGGAAGGGAUUAUGAGUAUACUGAAGGAAGCCUGACUUUCACGGAGCAAGAUUACCGCUCUUCUGUCAGCAUACCAAUAAAAGAAACGGAAUCAGAUUCUAAUCAAGAGGAGAAAUACUUCUUCAUUAUCCUCAAAAGCUCAAGCAUUUCCACUGGCGUUGGAGAUCCAAGUGUGGCAAAAAUUUCUAUCAUCGACGAUAACGAGCCUGGUGAGCUGAUGUUCCAAGAAGCGACAUAUCACGUUGAUUACACGACGGGAAUUGUCACUGCCAAUGUGGUUCGAAUUCAUGGAUGCGAUGGGACCAUUGCUGCUCAUUUCAGAACAAUCAACGGAAGUGCGUUUGGAGGCAGCUUGGAAGAUCUCAAAGAAGGGACUUGUGAUUUCCAAGAAAUCAAGCAAGCAAGGCUAGAGUUUUUGAAUGGUGAAACGAGCAAGGAAAUAAAGCUUCGGGUCAACAUGAAUUCAAAGCGCGGGAAAUCAUUUAUUUUACUUCUGUACACAACUUCCGGUGGUGCCAAACUUGGGCAUAGAAGUGCUGCAAUAAUCACCUUAACGAGCGCUGUGGAUGAAAUUGUAGAUCAAGUAGCAAAUAUCAUGACUGAAGAGACCAAAGAGAAAUCUAUCAUGCAGCUUUGGAACGAACAACUUUACGAUGCAAUGUCCAUUGGAGAUUACAACAACAACAACGACGAUCAAAGACCUUCAAUGUUUAAUUAUGUACUACACUUUCUAUCUUUCUUCUGGAAAGUUUUGUUUUCAUUAAUACCCCCAAGAACAUUGUUUGGUGGAUGGCUGGCAUUCAUACUGUCUCUAAUGUUCCUUGGUCUCCUCUCGGCCUUUGUGGAACAGUUCGCAAAAUUGCUUGGAUGUGUUUUCAAUCUGGAAAUAAGUGUAACGGGAAUAACAAUAGUGGCAUUGGGAACAAGCAUGCCAGAUACGUUUGCGAGCAGGUCCGCUGCUGUGCAAGAUGACACUGCUGAUGCGUCCAUUGGCAAUAUAACAGGCAGCAACAGUGUCAAUGUGUUUCUUGGACUGGGCUUGCCAUGGGUCAUCAAAACCAUAUACUACAAAGCAAAAGGAAAGGACGUGAAAGUCAUCGACAAUAACCUCACAUUCUCAGUCACCGUGUUUCUCUGCUGUGGCGUCGUCUGCCUUUUGUUUUUAGUUCUCCGAAGAAAGUUGUUUGGUGGUGAGCUGGGUGGGCCACGAUGGGCCAAAGUCGGGAGUGGCCUGGCUCUCGUAUUCCUUUGGGCAGUUUUUGUUGUGCUUUGCAGCUGUAGAGCGUACGACCUGCUUCCAGCACUGUAGCACAGAAGAUAGAAUUAAACCGUGCAACUUUUAUUAUGGAGCAGUGGCUCGUCAUCAACUAACCAGUGGGAUCAACCUGUCCGGACUGCUCCGGGGAAAUGGCUUGCUGACAGUUUGACUCUUGAAGAGGAUUUAUAAUGUAAAUAAGAGGGUGUUAUUAAUUUAAAUUAAGAAGGAUAUAUAGAAUACAUUGCGCUGUGCUGCAAUCUUAUGAAAAUUCACCCCUGGUUAGAUAUGGUCUAUAUUAUCAGGCGUUUGAAAACAGUUUCUAAAAAUUUCAUUGCAUUCCAACUAUGGCUGACAAAUCCUUACUAUAACGAUGGCUGACAAAUCACAUUGACACUGUAAGUAAUUGAAGGCUUGUUCGGCGGUGUGGUUGGUUGGUUCAUGAUUGAAACUUUGAUUGGCAGGAUGACUGACAGUUUGUGAGUAUGAAUGACAGGUUUUGUUGCAAUAACGGUCAGUGGUUUCAUUGGCAGUAUAUCUGACAAGCAAUGACUUCACGAGCAGUUAUUAUGACUGACAAGCUGAUCGAGAGGCUUGAUUGACAGUUCGAUUGAAACUUUGAUUGGCAGGAUGACUGACAGUUUGUGAAUAUGAAUGACAGGUUUCGUUGCAAUAAUGGUCAGUGGUUUCAUUGGCAGUAUAUCUGACAAGCAAUGACUUCACGAACAGUUAUUAUGACUGACAAGCUGAUCGAGAGGCUUGAUUGACAGUUUGAUUGGCAGUUUUAUUGCAGUGACAAACAAGUAUAAAUGAAUGACUGACACUUUUGACGUUUGAUUGGCAGUUUGAUUGCAUUGACAAACAAGUAUAAAUGAAUGACUGACACUUUUGACGUUUGAUUGGCAGUCUUUGAUAGGCAGUAUCAUUUAUUCAUCAUUAUCAUGGCGGUUUUCAGUUUUUCUAUUAAGAUUUUUCCCUCUCAUCCUCCCAGAUAUUGAUCUUAAACAAAAACGACUCUCGUUUUCAAGAAGUACCUUAUCUAAUCAGAGUGGAUUGUGUAUUUAAAAUGGCAGUUGAGCUCUGUCGCUCUCAAACUUGUGCAUAUAUGUAGAUUUCGAUGAUCCAGAUAAACUAACGCAUUACAAAAAUACUUGUUUGUAGAUCGUACUGUAUAGUUUUAGAAGUUAGUUAGGACAAAAUUAUUUAUAGGUUGCUAAAUAUUUUAUCGUUUUUAACUCUUUAACACUGCUAUAUUUUACAAUUAACUAUUAAUGCUCAAAGGUUACUGAUUGUAACCAAAUAAUUAUGUCAUUAACAAACCUUAUUUUGUCCCUCACAGUUAGGUUUACCAAGCCCGUAGACUGCACUUCCGCUCACCUAUUAUGAUUUACUAUGCAAACGUAUCCAAGUGCCUUCCAAAAGGGGAUAUCAGAUUAAUGUAGACCCUAGUUGGGAACACCAACUUUCUAGGCAAUUAUUUCUUUCGAACUGCGAUUUUCAAUUUCACACCCUUACAAAGAGAAGAUUUUUGUUGUCCCCCAACAACGAGAGGUCACAUUGGAGGAUCGAUUGGACGUGGCGUCUACAUCAAAGUGACGUCAUCCAAAAUGACUAAGAACUAUUGAUAGGAUCCUUAUAAAUCUAUUGAUAAUGGUGACUUUCAAUACAGCAUGUCUGAAAUUUCCAUAGACAUCUAGUCUUGAAUUUCGCCUAAGACAUUCUGAUGUAAUCAAUUAUAUGGACCGGAAUCCUGUAAUAUGCAGACAUUCACAAUAUUUGUAACAUGGUCUGUAAUAAUUGCCCUACUGAUGGCGUUACUCUGAUAUUUCUAUAUAGAAGACCUCUAUAUAACGGACAGGAAGGUGUCCGUUGUAAGAUGGUAUCCAUUGUAAGGUGGUGUCCGUUUUAAGGUGGUAUCCCUCAUUGAAUUGUUAUUUGUACUAUGCCUUAGCCUCAGGAAGGGAAUAUUGGCGUCAAAUUAUUUGUCCGUUCUUAAUUUCUCCAUUAUUGGGAAGUAUCCUUAGAGGCCUGUGAUCCACCUUCAAUAAGCUUCAAAAGGAUUCUGAUUUUCUGAAGAGGUUUGUUAUUUCUCAGUUUUAGAAACACGCUAACUGUAGCUAUUUAUUAUUUUUUACUGAUUAUUGUUUUAUGCUCACUGGAUUCUCACUGGAGGUUCGAGGCUUAAAUGAUGAAGAAUGAAGUAAUUCAGAACGUAAAUUAAUCAAAUAAUGACUGUGUCACCCGAUUGAGAUCGUAUGGUAGUUUUGU